ACCGUGUUUAACGACUGUUGUUGCCCCGCCAUGUGAGGAUAAAUAAGUUAAAUUCAUAGCGACCAACAACGUUUAUGUUAUUGUGUCCAGCAUACAAAACAAAACAUUGUUGCAUCCGUUCAAGAACAUUCAGCUUUUCCUGUCAAAAUAAUAACUUUCGUUUCGUCAACAUGUUAUGACGCAUAAUGCGCCAAACAAAAGCAUUUUUUUAAAACAAAAAUACGAAACAAGUAACUUUCGAAACAUAAAAAAGACUUUCUAAAAGUAAAAACAUAAAUUAUCAGUCGUCGAACCAUCUAGUCACCAUGAAUGUACGUUUGCUUCAACUUUGUUUCGGGUUGCUUUGCUUGGUGGGGAUUUGCUUUACUUCGCUCUACGUCUAUAUAGUGCGAUUAAGAUACAGUUUGUACGCCGUGAGGACGAAACGAGCUGUGGAACCGAAUACUACAAUAGUUUCAUUGGUUGCUGUGAAGAAAUGUGGUUCUGAGACGAUCAAGAUGAUGUUAUUAGCUCACCCUGGUAUUCAUAGAAUCACUGGCACCGAUUUCCCCCACGCUUGUUCAAACCCGGACGAACUUUCACAAUAUUUAAGGAAAACAGCAAACGAGUUUCCCGAUAAACGAGCGAUUGUAAUCGGAGACAACGAGUGUUUCAACAUGCCGCAUGCUCUCAAUGGUUUAGGUCGCUACAGACCAAGCAAGGUUAUUGUUCUAAUAUGCAAUCCUGUUAAAAGAACGUUUUCAGAUUAUCACCACAUACUGCAGAACAAUAAGGAAUACAUAAGUGGCGACUUCGAUACGAUGGUGAAUAGCGCGGUUUCAAAGUUCAAAUCAAGGAAGUCUGACGUGGAUUUUGGGAAAGACAUCAAUUCGCUUGUGUUCCGUCGUGUGUUAAAUGAAACAUUUGUGACCAGAAGUAUCUAUUUAUACGGGUUAAAAGAUUUCUAUGAUUUAUAUCCUCGUGAUGACGUGCUUGUUGUGACCGGGGAGGACGUCAUAACCUCACCAGCCGUUGUGAUGAACAAAAUUCAAUCGUUUUUAGACUUACAACAAGUUAUAACAGCGAACGACUUUGUAAAGCUUCCAUCGACUGGAUUUUACUGCCUUGUCGAAAACGCGACAUGCCCCCACCCGCCCUGCGCUACAGCCAACAUCAUAAGGAGAUAUUGUCCGUCAAGCAAGAAGAGCCUAACGACUGUGCGAGGAAAACCAGUACCCAGUCCAACGGCCGUAACAAAAUUGAAAGCGUUUUUUCGCCCCUUUAACGAGGAGCUGUUUGAUCUGCUAGGUUACAGGUUCAUGUGGUAA